GUCUGGGCCGCUGAAUAAAGUCGAGAGGCGAGCGUGAUGCGUGCGGUUUGCGCUCCAGAGUUGAGGACGGGAAUAUGUAAACGGGGAAUGGGCCAUUGGCAACGGCACUCCUCACUACAGUCACGCAGGACAGGGGCUUGACAGGUAGCAUCGAGACAUUGCUCACGACCGCCGUGAGCCAGUUGUGUUUAUUUUCUUGUUGAAGAUGAAGCGAGAGCCUGUGCUUUCAUUUUUGUGAAAGUGUCGAAAAGGCGCAGAAUUCGGUGCCAGGAGCUUUUGAUUUUAAACUCUAACUGGAAAUUACGCCUGCAGUGAAUGCGUUGCCUGCCGUUAGGAUAACUCACUUGACGGCUUGCUGAUCUACAGGUGCCUGCACCGUUGUGCCUCUGGGAGAGAGAGCGAGCGAGCGAGAGAGACAGGGGAACCGGACGGUCGGCAGCGGCUUUGGAAAGCGGAGUAGCCACGCGUCCCACACACAGCCGUCUCCCCACACAUACCCGCAAGACUGACCCCGUGAGGAAUACAGGCACCGAAGAUGAACACAAUUGUGUUCAAUAAACUGAGCAAUCAGGUUCUGUUUGAGGAGAACGCCAAGGAGGUGGAGAGGAGCAGCAGGAAUUAUUUGGAGGUGAUCGAUGGGCAGCACGCAGACCUCCUCUCCGUCAGCCCCGGAAUCAAAGACAGCUCCGCCAUCCGUCACCGACGCUCUGGGUCCCGGCAGAAUGGUGGUAAAGUGCGACACAAGCGGCAGGCGUUGCAAGACAUGGCCAGGCCUCUGAAGCAGUGGCUCUACAAGCACAGGGAUAACCCUUACCCCACCAAAACAGAAAAAAUCCUGCUUGCCCUCGGCUCACAGAUGACUCUGGUCCAGGUGUCCAACUGGUUUGCGAAUGCGCGCCGGCGGCUGAAGAACACGGUGCGGCAGCCGGACCUGAGCUGGGCCCUGAGGAUAAAGCUCUACAACAAAUACGUGCAGGGCAACGCCGAGAGACUCAGCAUCAGCAGCGACGACACAUGCUCCGAUGACGUCGACAACCCCGCGCACGCGGCCUCGGGCCCGGCCGACCCCUCCAAGCCCAUGUACCAGAGCGUCAUCAAGAAAGAGGGCGGCUCCUCCGGCGCGUCCCUCCUCCACCACCACCAUCACCACCACCACCACCUACACCACCGCCACCACCACCACCACGCCUCCUCCUCGCCCAACGCCAACGACAGCUCAUUGGCCGUGGAGGACUACGUGUCCCCGCCCAAGUACAAGAGCAGCCUGCUCCACCGCUACCUGAACGACUCGCUGCGGCACGUGAUGGCGGCGGGCGGGGGAGGGGCGGGCCGCAAGAGGCACCACUCGGGCUCCUACAGCUCCAACGAGUACGAGGACGAACUGCUGUCGCCGUCCUGCUCCGAACCCGAGGCCAGCUUCAUCUACCGCACAGAGCCGGCAGAGCAUGGAUCAAGUAAAUGUGACAACAGUAACGGUUGCCAGCCAAGAGAAAAGGGCCGGGGGAAGGAGGAGACGUACUGGAAGGAGAUCAACGCGGCGAUGGCCCUCACCAACCUGGCAACCCACGGCAAGGACAGCAGCCCCUCGGGCACCACCACCAGCUGCAUCAUCCAGAAGUCCUCACACAUAGCUGAGAUCAAGACUGUCAAAGUCCCCAUCAUGCACAAGUACUGACCCCCACCAGUACUGUGCACACACACACACGCACAUACACACACACACUCACACACACAUAUAUUAACACAAGACUGUCAAAGGCCCCGUCAUGCACAAUACUGACCCCUUCCAGUUUAGCAGUAUUGCGCGGGCACACACACACACACACACGCAUACACUCACGCACACACACACACACACACACACACACGCAUACACUCACGCACACACACGCACACACUAACGCAAAACUGUCAAAGUCCCCAUUAAGUGCUGACCCCAUCUGGGUUAACAACACGCACGCACGCACACAGGCCCGUCGGCAGGGGGGAACAAUGAGGUAUGUUGUCCUGGGCCCAGGGAGAUAUGGGGCCCAGAAUUGCGUCCCCAUUACAGUGUAUGUAUUGGGUAGGGGGCCCUUUCAGAUGACUUUGUCCUCGGCCCAGAGAAAGCUGUCAGCGGCCCUGCACACACACAAACACACGCACACACACACACGAAAUGUACGUAUACAUAAGACUGUCAAAGUCGCCGUCAUACACAAGUUACUGACACCUUUUGUUUGACAGUACACACAUACAUUCUUAGUGUAUACAUACACACAGAGAGAGAAACACUGACACACACUGACUUGUCAUGCACAUGCACUUGAACUGUAUCAUACAAAUGCAUUUGCAUACAGAAACACACACUUAAAUUG